AUGAUGUUAAUCAACCAAAAAGCCCCAAACCCUAAUAUGGAGCUAAUAGACGGACACUCAAGCCCAAUAACAUAAAACCCUAAUUUGAAGGGAUUAGGGUUUUGUUAUUUGGUCGUCGGAGUCUAUAAAACGGCUUUCUACCUCAUUUCUCCUCAAAUCAGAUCUAAUCGGUGGAUUGCCUAUCAGAUUCUUUUCAUGUUUGCCUCUGAGGAUGAUUGAAAAUAAAACUUUCGUUCUUCCGAGAAAGUCCAUGCGGAAAAUUGCUGGAGACCUGAACUGAGGAGGCUUCAUUUUUCUCCUGUUAUUGUAUAAAUUAGCUUGUACAUAUAUGUGUGUGCGUACGGAUCUGUGCGUGUCAACAUUUAGUUAUUGUCCGUGACAUUUUUGGGAUUAGGAGUUGAAGGCUUCUAUCACUCUGAUGAUGUUUUUCGUUCUCCUGAGCUAAUAUAUGCUGAAAAUUUAUGGAGACCUGAACUGAAAGAGUUUCAGAAGAUUUUUUACUGUGAUGUUAUGUGAUUCAGUGGUUUAUGUUAUAUCUUUGCAAAGCUAGAUUCCUUUAUUUUUUCACUAACUCUUCAUUCUUCUGAAGCAUCCAUGUCGGACACUUCAGACUCUAAGCAGUUUUUUCAAAAAUAACACUUCGUUUUUGUUUUGACUGGGCAAUUUAUAAUUAAGCUAUAGUAAUUUCUUUUUUUUUUGUGGUGCUUGCAUGGUUAUAAAAUUUAUUUCUACAAUGUUUUGGAUGAGUUCACUAUUCAAUUGGUAUGUAAGCAUUGAAAAUUGUUCCUGUUUCACGUGGCAGUACCAUUUUCAAGCGAAUUGAGAGUUUCUGAGUUUUUUUUUGUUUUCUAAUGGAUUUUGCUUGAAUUAUGCAGAUCUUAGUUUUGAUUUUAGUAGGAGAUAGUACUGAACUUCCAUAGUUGAAAAUGAGUCGACCAAUGGAGGAAGAUACAGUCAAGAGCGAGGAAGAGGAAUUUAACACUGGGCCACUGUCUGUUCUGAUGAUGAGUGUGAAAAAUAACACCCAGGUUCUCAUCAACUGCCGGAACAACAAAAAACUUCUAGGCCGGGUGAGAGCCUUUGAUCGUCACUGCAACAUGGUUCUUGAAAAUGUCAGGGAGAUGUGGACUGAGGUGCCAAAAACUGGUAAAGGCAAGAAGAAGGCCCUUCCUGUUAACAAAGACAGAUUCAUCAGUAAGAUGUUCCUUAGGGGAGAUUCUGUUAUAAUUGUUCUCAGAAAUCCCAAGUAGAGUAUCACACUUGGUAGUUGUGAGCUUUGAAACUUCCUGACAAAAAUUCGAACUUUGCCCAAGUUUCCGAAUUUUUCCUAUCUGCAUCCGCUUUCAUUCAAAGCCUUCAACCUGAACCCCAACACUUACUGAAGCUACUGUAUGGAGUAUUCUUAUGGUUGUAAAUGACAAAUUCUAGUGAACCUGAUUGAGGCCCUUUUGACACACGUGAAUUGUUAUGAGAUAAUUUGUGAAUGAAUAGCUGAGACCGAGAGAUGAUCUAUGAAAUGAUUGGUUUGAAGUUCACAGCAAAUAUCCAAUCUAAUGCCCAAGUUUUAGUUUGAUUUUCAAUGGUGUUGGAAUAUGCAUGUAAAUGGCAUUAUUAUAUGUUACUUAAGACAUGAGUGUUGAAUAUAUCUAAAAUGGAAAUUUGGAAUACCAUGUGAAGAAAUUUUUGCAAUAA